AUAUUGAAAAAUAUUAAACGAAAAUUACUUUAGAUAACUUACAUGUUAAUUAGCUUACAUUUUUCAGAUUCCGUCUUCGGUUUCGCAGCAAUGCCCUGGGUGGUGAUCAUGCCAAUCUUCAUUCGAUUCCUUGGCUGCAAAAUCACCUUUAUUGCAAUAGGAAUAGACAUCCUCAUUACCUACAUAAUUUUCUGCACCAGCACCAAUCCUACACAAAUCUUGAUUUCCGAAAUCGUUUUCGGCCUGGCGUACGCUGGAAAUCUUAUCAUAGGCAUUUAUGUUAUAUCCGAAUAUACCAGCCCCGAGUACCGUGGGAUGUUUUUGACGAUAAAAUCGGCCAGUUUGUUCUGGGGUGUGUGGUGUUCAAAUGCUAUUGGUACCUUCUUACACUGGAAGUAUAUCGGGGUAGCUGGGGCUGUGUGCUGUGCUUACUUAUUCGGUUGUUUUUUUUGGAUCGAGUCUCCUUACUGGCUCGCUGUGAAUGGACGAUACGAGGACUGCAGACGAUCUCAUAGAUGGUUAUUCAGUUCUAAUGUUGAGGCUGAACGGAAUUUAGAAAAACUUAUAUUAUCUGCUGAUUCGGAGAAACGAAAGUGGAGUUUACGGCAUCUGCUGGCAACGGUGUCAGCUAGGGAGUUUUUGAUGCCUGUCGCCCUGUCAUUCGUUUUACUCGCUCAGUACAAUUUGACUGGUAAAUUCGUGUGCUCUAUAUAUUCUAUAGAUAUUAUCAAGAGGAUAACUAAAAACGAAGCGGCAGCGUACACCGGUAUGUUAAUACUAGAUGGUGUUACGGUGUUUUCUACGUAUUUCGGAUGUUUUCUGGCCAAAUUGUGCAAACGAAGGACAUUAUAUUUGACAACAUCUUUAAUAGGCAUAGCAUUCCUGUUAAUAAUUGCCGCGUAUUUAUAUCUUAUAAAGCUCGGUGUUGUUGCGGAAAACAAUCUUCUAUCUAUAUGCUUGUUGAUGUGUUUUUCUCUACCUAUCAGCAGCGGACCGAUGGUAUUAAAUACUUCAAUCAUGGCCGAAAUAGUCCCGCUUAGAUUUAAAGAAGUAGCCGUCAUGAUAACGUCCGUAUUCUUUUAUUUUUUAAUAGCUCUCAUGCUAAAGGUAGCGCCAUAUUUGUUUAAAAAUUUGGAUAUGCACGGCACAUUUCUAUUUUACGCGAUUUCGAGUUCAAUUUGCACACUGUUUUUGUAUUUGUUUCUGCCAGAGACAAAGGAUAAAUCGCUGCAAGAAAUUGAAGAGUUGUUUAAGAAAACUGGUCAUGAUCAAUGUAAGAAAUUGAGUGAUUUUAAAGAUUGA